AUGGACGCCACGGUAGGGAGUACCCGGCGGUUAUCGUCGGUGACGCUUCUGGGGUUGGUGGCGAUGGCCAGUUUCCUGGCCACCGGUGUCCGGGCUGCCUGCACCUCGGAGAACUGUACACGUACCAUCUACACCUGGGAGGGCGGUCGCAUCGUGUGGCCGUGCCCGACCACGAAGAGGCUUAUCACGAACAGUGGCAAGUACACGCCACGCGAUCUGAUCGCCAUGCGUUGUCAGCGGGCGGGUUCGCACACGAUCUGUGCCUUCCCGCGCUACAAGAGCAGCAAUCCGAUCACGCUCAGCAAGGUGUACGCGACGAAGAAGGGUUGCGACGUUAAGUUCGAACCGUUCCCGUGCUGGUCCGAGCAGGAGGAAGGUAACUGCAAUGCCCUACAGUCGGUGAUCGAUCUGUACAGUGACGGUGACUACGUUUGGGUGUUGGACGGUGGCGUCACGCAGUCUCUCCGGACGCCAACUCAACGCUGCCCACCGAAAGUGGUCGUGUACGACAGUAAGUCGGGCAAGAAGCUGAAAACGAUCAGUCUGGCCCGCUACGUAACGGACAAAUCGCGGCUACAGUACAUCCAGGUCGAGUGUCUGAAGGGUGGACGAUGCUACGUGUACGUCAGCGAUCCCGGUAACAACGCGAUCAUCGUCUACGACGUGUACGGAGGCCGUGGGUAUCGGGUAAUACUGCCCAAAGCGGUCCACAUGGGAUGCCGUUAUCGGGACGUGCUGUACAUUUUCCUCUCCAAGCACAAGGAAGGAACGCGGCUCUACUUUACCUACCUCGGAGGUAGCCGACUGUUCGCCAUCAAGACGGAACAUUUGCGAAAGGGACACGGCGGCAACAUCAUCGAUAUCGGUGAAAAGCCACACGUGCCGGUGAUCCUCGGAACGGACGGUGGCAGCGGAGUGUUCUUCCGUGAGGAAGGUGACUCGCACAUCUACUACUGGAGCACGAACAGUUGCUACAAGAAGGCCAACUUCAAGCUGGUUUACAAGAGUCAGGUUGGCCUGUUCGCUACACAUGUCUUCCCCGAUGCCAAGCUCAACCGUCUCCUGGUUUUGGAAAACGAUUUCCCGAGCUACGUCAAGGAUCAUGCCGGCUGCGGCACGCUGCACCAGAUCUCCAUUCUCGAUGGAAGCUGCAAAUGUAACGCAGGCUCAUAAA